AUGGAGGAAGAGCAGAAGAGGCCGCAGGGGAAGGAGGGCGGAAGCGCGACGGUGGCGGAGGAUGCGGUGCGCAAGGUGGUGGUCAAGCGGCAGUGCUCGCAGCUCGAGGUGGAGCUCCUGCAGCUGCAGCAUCAGCGCGAGAAGGAAGACAACGUACUCGCCGUGGCACAGGCCAAGAAGAAGAAGCUCCGCGCCGACCUCGACGCCUUCGUUGCCGACACCACCCGCAUGCAACACGUA